AUGUCGGAUUGGGAGUCGAGGCGAACUGUUUGGGUGGGGAAUUUGGAACCAAGAGUUACCGAAGAGAUCCUUUUCGAGCUUUUUCUUCAAAUUGGCCCAUUGGAAGAUGUUACAAAACCGAAAAACAAGAACUUUGCCUUCAUUCUCUAUACGCACAAAAGAAGCACAGGGUACGCUGUGAGAGCCUUGAAUAACAUCUCCCUCUUUGGGCAAAUGAUACAUGUAAAAUUCCGCGAAAAGAAGCGCAACGACGAAUCGAGAGAGAGGAUGGAUCGACGAUUAGGAGAUCGAAGCCAAAGUCGAGGUCGAAAGGGAAACUUCCGCGAUUACGACAGGCCACGUGAUGACAGAGACGAUAGACGAGGAAGAGAUAGAGACCGAGGAAGAGAUCGGGACUUUGACCAGCGGCGAGGCGACGACAGACGACGACCAGAGUCGUACCACAAUGAUGAUCGACAACGCGGCGGUAGGCAGGUGCACAUGGGCGGAGAUCCCUGGCAAGCGCGCGGAAGAGAGCGGGGAGGAAACCAAUGGCGCGGAUACGACGAGGAAUGGUCGAAUCGGCACUUGGAUGAAUUCCGGCCACCACCGCGGCGUGAUAUCGACAACCGUAGCCAGAUGAUGCCUUCCCGUUCUAAAUCGGCAUCGAACAGACGAGGGGAUCCUGGAUGGCGUUAA